ACAUGUAACAACCAUUGAAACAAGUUGUAAUACCCUGGCUCCCCUACUUUGACAGAUUCAAGUCUCCUUUAGCUUCCUUUUCUUACUAUUCAAUCCAAAAUAUAAAAAAAAAUCUUUUUCUUCAUUUCUCUACUUUAAACUAUUUUCCCUCUUUUCCCCACCUUCACUCAACAUUAUCUUCCCAUUGAUUCUUCAAUUAGCUUAUCACUUUGUGUAUAUUAAGUUUUUUUUGUGUGUGUGUUUUAUGUAAUUUUUUCAUUUUGGAUCAUGGCUGCUAACAAAUUUGCAACUAUGUUACACAAAAAUACCAACAAAAUCACAAUGAUUCUUAUCUAUGCAGUGUUGGAAUGGACUCUUAUAAGUUUACUUCUCCUUAACUCUUUUUUUUCUUAUAUGAUCAUUAAAUUUGCUAACUAUUUUGGGUUAAAGCCACCAUGUCCAUUGUGUUCAAGAAUUGAUCAUUUGUUUGAACAUGAAAAGACUAAAGCUUUUUGCAAAGAUCUUCUUUGUGAAGCUCAUGCUAAAGAGAUAUCUCAAUUGGGGUUCUGUUUAAAUCAUCAGAAACUGGUUGAAUCACAAGAUAUGUGUGAGGAUUGCUUGUCAUCACCACAUGAUGAUGAUAAUUCAAGAUUUGAAUGUUCUUGUUGUGAUGUGAAGUUGGAGAAAAAGUCUACAAAUGAAAGUUGUGAGGUUGAUGAUUUGGGAGAUACCCAAAAAGGGAAUUUGGUUAUUGAGUCAACAAAUGAUGAUUUGGUUAAAGAAAGAUCAGAUUUUGAUGAAGAAAAAACUGAUCUUGAUGGUUUGGUUAUUGAAAAAGUAAUGAAAGAUCAAGGUGUUCAAGUUUGUGUAAUUGAGGAUUCAUCUUUUGAGUAUUCUUCUCAGCAUUUGGAGUUUUUUGUUGAGUGUAGUGGUCAUAAGUUGGUUCCUGUUGAACUGAUUGAUUCAACAACUGAGGAAGAUCAUUGUAAAAACCAUGAAACCGACGAAAAUUGCGAAAAGAAUGAUGAAUUGGUUGUUGAGAUUAACAAGAUUGAGGAGGAAGAUAAGUUUGCAGUUCUUGAUUCUAUGGAGAUGGAAGAAGAUGAAAAUGGUUUUAGUUUUUGUGUUGAUGAAUGUCAUUCAGUAAAAGAGUUUGAUGAACAAUUUGAUCAAUUUCACCAAGAAUCUGCUAUAGAUAAUGUUCAAAUUGAGGUUGAAAGUGUAAGAGAAGAAAAUGAUUCAGAUGUUACACCAGAAGAGGUUUCCGAAAUACAACAAAUUGAUGAAAUUGAGGCAGAAGUGUCAAUUGGAAAUGAAAUUCCUGAUAUGAAUCUAUCAGAUGAAAUUCCAUGUGAAGUAUCUCUUGAUUCAUGUACACAUGAAGAACAUUUCACAAGUUCUGCUCAUUUCCAUGAUAUUAAUCAACAUGGUCCUACAGAAGAUCAUGACAAAUUAGUAGAAUUGAAAUUGUUAUCGCUCGAGUUUGAUGAUCAUGUGAUGAACAAUGAAUCAUUGAUAUCUUCAAAAUUGGAUGAGAUUGAAGAAGAAAAAGUUCCAGAGACGCCAACUUCUAUAGAUAGUUUCUAUCAGUUGCAUAAGAAGUUACUACUCCUUGAGAAGAAAGAUUUCGGAACUGAGUCUUUGGAUGGGAGUGUGGUUAGUGAGUUAGAAGGCGGAGAUGCAGUUUCAUCAAUCGAACAUCUGAAAUCAGCGUUAAAAGCUGAGAGAAAGGCUCUACACGCGUUGUAUACAGAGUUAGAAGAAGAGAGGAGUGCUUCUGCUGUGGCUGCUAAUCAAACAAUGGCUAUGAUAAACAAGCUUCAAGAAGAAAAAUCAGCAAUGCAGAUGGAAGCAUUGCAAUAUCAGAGAAUGAUGGAAGAACAAUCGGAGUAUGAUCAAGAAGCGUUGCAGCUUUUGAAUGAGCUUAUGGUAAAGAGGGAGAAGGAAAAGCAAGAGCUAGAGAAAGAAUUGGAAGUAUAUAGAAAAAGGUUAUCGGAAUAUGAAGCAAAAGAAAAGGCGAUGAGGAUGUUGAAGAGAAGCAAAGAUGGAAGUGUUGCAAGAAGCGGAUUAUUUUCAUCAGCCUCUUGUAGCAACGGUGAGGACAGUGAGGAGUUGUCGAUUGAUUUGAAUCAAGAACCAAAAGAAGAUGUCAACUUUUAUUGCCAUCAAGAAUGUGAUGAUCAUGAUAAUAAAGUUCAAGUUGAUGCUUUUCUAGAAUUGGAAGAAUCGUUUGUUGAUUUCGAGGAAGAGAGGAUGUCCAUCCUUGAACAGCUAAAGAUGUUGGAAGAAAAGCUUAUAUCUAUGGAUGAUGAAGAUGCAAAGGAAUUCGAGGAUGUUAGACCAAUGGACGAUUCAUAUAGAGAGAAUGGAGAUCAUACGGUGGUAAAUUCUCGUUUAGAUGGAGAGAUAAAUGAACAUGCCAAUGGUUUUUUGAGUGAAAUGAAUGGGAAACUAAUUAUCAAUCCAAAGGGAAAGGGACUUCUUCCACUUUUUGAUGCAAUGAGUGACGAAAACGGAGAUGUUAUGAUAAAUGGACAUGAAAAUGGCUUCCAUCCCAACGACGUUGAUGAGGAAAACAAGAAGCUAGAUAUAGAAGAGGAGUUGGAUCUUCUACAUGAAAGACUACAAGCUCUCGAGGCAGAUAGGGAGUUCCUUAAGAACUGCAUGAGCUCGUUGAAGAAAGGCGAUAAAGGGAUGGAUCUUCUUCAUGAAAUCUUACAACAUCUUCGCGAUCUAAAGACAGUUGAUCUUCGUGUAAGGAGCUCAAGUAAUGGUCUCAUAUUAUAGUCAAGAGUGCUAACUCACUUGUCGCGCCAAAGAAGAUAACUUGACCAUGAUCAUAGUAAAAACUCAACGAUGCACUCGAAAUCUAUGCAAAUAGCUGAUAAAACUCUGCUUGGAGAAUCCCUUGACAGAGAGAUCAGGCCUUGGAAAUGGUCUGGUCUAAGUUUUUGAUCUCAAGCUUCAAUGAUCAUUUGUCAAAGUUGAACCAAAUGUUUUAGUAUGAGUUGGUGUCAAUUCUCCAACUUUUGAGGGCAAAAGAGGGGGAAUGAUGAAUGUGUGUGUAGUCCAUUUAGGGUGAAGCCAUUCUAUCUUCAAAAACAAAAAAAAAUAAGUUCGUGAUGUUCGAGUCAGCUUAUGUAUCAAGAUACCUGCUAUCUAUCACCAGCAUCGACCUAGCUUUUCUAUGUUGUGAAAAGGACAAAGCACUAGCUUUGUAAAGCUGGAGAGGGUCCAACAAAGAUUCCAAUUCCAAGAAAUUUGUCUUUGUUUAUUGUAGACAAAUUAGGAGUAGCAACAAUUUUCUUGUCCCUUUUUUUAUUUUUCAUUUUAAAAGGGUUUUAAGGCAUAAAGGGGAAAGUAACUUCUUUUUUGCCUAAUCUCUCAUUUCUUUUUCAUCAUUUUAUCAUAUGAGAUUUGUUUAAGUAUUUUUAUUUUUUUUUUGGUUUUAGAAGGCAAAGUUGUCUAGUUGUACACUACAUUUGUCUUUGUAAGAGUACAUAAAUGAGUGAGUAUUUUAAUUUUGUUUUGUUUCUUUCUUU